UCCUUCCUCCCUGACACACCAGACAACCAGAGCUGCCCUCAACCAUGAAGUUGCUGAGAGUCCUUGUGCUGAUUGCCCUCCCCUUUUUCUGCUUUGCUGGUUCUGGAUGCCCAUUACUGGAAGAAGUAGUUAACAAAACAAUCGAUCCUCAAGUGAGCAUGGAUGAAUACCAAAACUUAGUUAGACCUUACUACACAUCUCAUCCUGAUUCUGAGGAGGCCAUGAGACAACUGAAGCAGUGUUUUCUCAGCCAGUCAAGUAAAACUCUGCGCAAUGCUGCAGAGCUGCCGAACAUGAUAUAUGAAAGUAACUGGUGUGUUAUGUUUUAACCUUGUGUAUGACCUGGGGCACCGAGGACUACAGAGAGUACAAUGAACCACAACUUUCUUCUCCUUUUUGUCUUUUGAUCUAUUAACUGCAAGACAAUUGU